UGGGAAGUGGAGGAUAAGUCACCCACAAAACUAGUAGGGUUUUUUUUGGCAUUUAGUCUACUUUAAUUUUGCUGCUUCAUUAUAAUUAUAUAAUAACUUCUUCCCCCAGCUCCCUUAGAAAACUUUAAUUCUUAAUUGAACUACACAUUCAAACCUGUCCAAAUUCAUUCUACUUUACCCUUGGUGUGUGUGUAUAUAUAUACACACACAUAGUUUCAUUCCCCAAAGAAAUAAUGAAAUGUAUAAUAUUUAGAGAGCAAUAAUAAUAUCAGUGAUCAAUUAUUUGGUGAUCAUUACAACUUUACAAAUAUAUAAGCAGUUCAUCAGCUGAGAGAGAAACUAUAGGUAGGUAGGUGCAGAUAUAGAAAGAAAGAGAAGUGUGAGUGAGAUAUAUAUAAAGUGUUAAUUAAGAAAAAUAAUGGAGUGGAGGAAGUGUUAUUUGGACGUAAUUCUGGUUCCACUAGGAUUUUUCAUGAUCAUUUUUUAUCAUAUGUGGCUGUGGCACAAGGUCCGGACUCAACCCUUGACCACAAUCAUCGGAAUCAAUGCUAGAGGACGUCGUUUCUGGGUUUCCUCCAUUGUCAAGGAUAAUGAUAAGAAGAACAUUCUGGCGGUACAGACACUAAGGAACACAAUCAUGGGAUCAACGUUAAUGGCAACAACAUCAAUACUACUAUGUUCUGGUCUAGCGGCGGUUAUAAGCAGCACAUACAGCGUGAAAAAACCUCUAAACGACACCGUUUACGGGGCACACGGGGAGUUCAUGGUAGCACUCAAAUACGUGACCCUUCUCACCAUAUUUCUCUUCUCAUUCCUAUGCCAUUCUCUCUCCAUCAGGUUCAUCAACCAAGUCAACAUCUUAAUCAACACUCCACAAGAGGACACCUCACCAGUCACCCCUUCCUACAUUGCUGAGCUUUUGGAGAGAGGUUACAUCCUUAACACUAUAGGAAACCGUCUCUUCUACGCUGCCUUACCUCUCCUGUUAUGGAUAUUUGGUCCGGUUCUCGUUUUCUUGUGUUCCUCUACAUUGGUUCCGGUUCUCUACAAUCUUGACUUUAUCUUCCCAUCUUCUACUACCAACAACCACAAGAGUACUAGCAAUAUGACUAGUACUAUCACUAGUGACAAUGACGAUGACGAUGAUGAUCGUUAUCAUCGCCAUGAUAACCGAAAGGGGAAAGUUAUUCAUGGGAGUGAUGCUUGUUAGGGGAAAUCAUCAUCUUUAUCAUCCACAAACUAAAUUAUGAUUAUUAUUGAAUAAUAAAAGACAAAAUAAUUAAAACAAUUCCAUAUGUAUAUCAAAAGUUAUCUUCAUUGAAUAAUUUGGGUUUUUGAAUGACAAAAAUAUUCGAUGUACACUUACGUACUACUGCAAUCAUUAAUAAUAAUAAUAAUAAUGUAGUAUAUACAUGUUUUCAAUU